UUUUGUUUUAAAGCCGGCUCCACAAAUAAAGGUAGAGCAGUACAGUACGACGGUAUCUCUGUACGAAGAAGAUUCAGUUUGAAGACCACUUUGUAAUUUUACAUUAAGCGAUCAUGUCUUCCAGUAUAUCUGCUUAUCCAGAUGAUAGUCAGACAUCAAAGUUCUGGCAGAAAUCAAAGGAGUCUCCAUUUGUUCCAGUUGGCAUGGCCGGUUUUGCUGGGAUCGUAGCUUUUGGCCUGUACAAGAUGAGGACUCGAGGAAACACUAAAAUGUCUGUCCAUCUUAUCCACAUGCGUGUGGCAGCUCAGGGAUUUGUUGUUGGAGCAAUGACUAUUGGAGUUGUUUACUCAAUGUAUAGAGACUUCUACUUGAAGCCGCAAGAGCAAGCAAAAGCCCUGAUGGAGAAAUGAGUCUGUUGGAACUAUUUUAGCAAUUUUAUGUUUUUUAAAAAAAUAACUCUAUUAUAUUAUGUAGUAUUUGUUUAAUUAAGGAAAUAUGAAAAACCAUGACAGGCAGCAUUUAUAUCAUGGACCUUUUGGGUGAGUUUGUUAUACUUCAGCUACUCGCUACCUAUAAUGUUAGCAUCAUAUGUCAUGUUUUUUUAUGACCGAUCUUGUUUAAGCCCUAAAUGUUUAAAUCAGUAGAAACAUUGUGUGUGUAUGUAUAUGUUAUGGGCAAAACCCGAAAUGGAGGCAAUUUGCAAAUUUCCCGCUGACUUCAAGCAAAGCGUGGAAUAAAAAUUAACAUAACUCUGGCAGAGUCCAAAUUACUCCCUCUGUUCUUUCAUUCCCGUUUUGAGUGGCAGGCAGACCUUCAGAACAAGGAAUUAACAUGAAAAACCCCACUGACACUUGCGUAUAAAAAGGACAGUAUUAUUAAUAACGUAAUGGCAACCAAUAAUUAUAAUAAGGCAGCAUUGUAGUGAACUGUCCAGUCAGAGAGAGAGAUGGAUGCAGUUACUGGGUGGAACAUGAAUGAUUAGCUGAUUCCAGUUUGACAGUGUUUAUGACAAGCAGUUGGAGAGCAUCAGCGGAGUGUCUGAGAGCAAGUUAAGUACGUAAUACAUAUCUAGAUUUUAAUAAUUAGUUUAAAAUAAAUUAGUCUUACAUAUCGCAUUAUAUAUUUUGUAUAUUCAUGUCGUCAAUAAAAGUACAUUUUUAAAUAUGUGAUAUUUUUUGAAACCGAACUUCCUGCAUAGUUUUUGUAAAUGAGAUGAGUGAGUGAGUGAAGCUACUCAGAUAGGCGGGUCAAACCAGCUGUUCAAUCGUAGCUCUGUCUCUGUCCUGUGAAAACAUAAAAUAAAAGAUUUUGUGAUUCAUUUCAAACUUUGACAGGGCAUUGUUGGGCACUCCUAGAUAUGCCCAGGCAAAACCCGGAAUGAAAGAUCUUGUGAUUCAUUUCAGAAUUUGCCUGGGCAGUCUGCGAAUUGGUCAGUUUCGGGGUUUGCCCUAUGUGUAUAUAUAUAUAAAGUCAGCAAUAUUGCAAGUGCACCACUUGCGCAUUACUGUCCAAAACCAACUCGAGACAUAUUAUUGUGUGAUAAUGUACUCUGACCCAAAUAUUAUUGCAGUGAAGACUGUUGUGAUCUAUAGUAUUUGGAUUAAUAAUGUUAAACUAUUUAGUGUCUGUGUGGGUAAAUGGGAUCAUGCAGGUUUUAGAUAGUACAUUACAGAUCUGUCUCUCUACGUCUCUGCUAACUCAUAAAUAAUGAAUAACCAGUAUUACAUAUUGACACUCUACGUAGUGCCUUGUAUGAAAGAUGUGUAAUCUUCCUCUAUUCUAGAAUUUGAAUACUUGGCAACCAAAAAAACUUAAACUAAAUACUGUAACUUCAAAUCCAUUUUGACCUUUUGUUUUUAUACUGCACCAAAUGUGCUAUAGUUAGAAUAAUGCUUACUGGAUACUACAUACUUUCAUUUCAAAACCUUUUUUGUAUGUUUUUAAUCAAAUAUAUUAUGCCUGAGGAAGAUGCAUUGUAUAUGAACCAGUGUGAGGGAACCCUCCAUGCCAUUUCGGUUUCUAGUUGUAUCUGAAAGUGUGACACUAUUUUAAAUACUCUGCUAUAAAAUGUGUUACAAUUGUAAUUAUGAUGCUCUCUAUACAUUGCAUGUUCUUGUGCACAUGUUGUAUGUCCUGCAUUCCUAUGAAACAAUGGUAACAAAUUAAAUGUUAACAUUAAAUGAGUCCGUUUUAAUUCUUAA